AUGAAAUACACUGUUCUUGAUCUUCCACAUGUUGUUGCAAACAUGCCACAGACUGAAAAUUUAAGCUUUGUAGGAGGGGAUAUGGUUCAGUCUAUUCCCCAUGCUGAUGCUAUUUUGCUUAAGCUAGUUAUGCAUAAUUGGAGCAACGAAGAUUGUGUAAAGCUAUUGCAGAGAUGUAGAGAAGCUAGCACGUAUAACGAUGAAGGAAGAAAAGGGAAGAUCCUUAUCAUUGACAUAGUAUUGAAUAGAGAUGAAGAUGAAGCAAACAUGACUGAAGUGAAGAUCCUUUUUGAUGUACUGAUGAUGGUGCUUCUUGCCGGGGGGAGGCAGAGAACUGAGAAAGAAUGGGAAAGACUAUUCCUUGAGUCUGGCUUCGUGAGCUACAAGAUUAUUCUUUUCUUUGCCUAA